CCAACACAUUGCUGUUUCUAGAACAAAUCAAGCACUCGUUGCUCACUGUGCCGUUAAACAUGAAACUGGCGAUUUUAUUGUCCCUAUUUUUGGCAACUUGUUUUGCUGCGGAGGAAACAUGCGAGGGACGCUGCCGGAGUGGUUUUGAUCCUACAAAGAAAUGCCAAUGUGACCGAAUGUGCAAAUAUUAUGGAAGCUGCUGUGAGGAUUUUGACACCACUUGUCGGACAAAAAUUGCUCGCGGUGACAUGUUUGACUUGCCUGAGGUAAAUGUGACCACUUCAGUGAUGCCGACAGAAGAAACCAAUCUGACGGUCACCACAGCUCUCCCUACCACCACAGCAGCCCCUUAUGUGUCUCCUACAGCUCCCCCAGACCCGGACGCUGUCACCUGCAGCAGACGCACCUUUGAUGCCUUCAUGCAGCUCAAGAAUGGCUCAAUCUUUGCCUUCAGAGGCGAUUAUUUUUUUGAGUUAGAUGACAGAUCGGUCAUGCCUGGGUAUCCCAAACUCAUCAAGGAUGUCUGGGGCAUCAACGGUCCUAUUGAUGCUGCUUUCACCCGCAUCAACUGCCAGGGAAAAACAUACAUAUUCAAGGGAAACAAGUACUGGCGUUUUGAUGGUGACGUCUUGGAUGAAGAUUAUCCUAGAGACAUAGCUGUGGGCUUCGAGAAGAUUCCCGAUGAUGUUGAUGCUGCAUUUGCAAUUCCGGCUCCAGGCCAUCAUGGGAGGGAAAAGGUGUAUUUCUUUAAAGGUGACCAGUACUACCAGUAUGAGUUCAAACAUCAGCCGUCCCAUGAAGAAUGUGACCGCAUGACCAAGUCCUCACCGUCCGUGGCCUUCACACGAUACACAGAUCUGUAUUGUGACUUUGACAUAUUUGAUCUGGUCUUUCAAGGCGCUCAAGGGCAUCACAAAGGGCCACGCUUCAUUUCCAAAGACUGGAUUGGCAUCAAACCACCCGUGGAUGCUGCAAUGGUGGGUCGACUGUAUGUAAACUCCAGCCCAUCACCGUCUCCAUCCACCAGCCUGAGCAGAGGGCAAAACACACGAAGGAGGCUUAGAGGUAGCAAAGCCAGGGUGAGUCGAUCGCUCUUCUGGGAAGACUUCGGACUGGACUAUGAGGAAAGGUAUUUUGGAACAGAGAAACAGGGUAAAAAACAGAAAAAAGGCCGUGGAAGACGUCCAUCUUUAUUUGACAUGAGCUACGACCCGAUGGAUUACGUCGAUGUGGAGGUUGUUCAAGAGAAAGCCACACCUGUGCAGAAUGUCUACUUCUUCAAGAAAGACAAAUACUACAGAGUGGACCUUCAGACGAAACGGAUUGACCGAGUAACUCCUCCUUACCCAAGAUCUAUUGGCAAAUACUGGUUGGGAUGUAAAGAAAAGGACUUGUCAGAGAAAAGAUGAAAAAAAAACGGAAUUUCUAUAUUUGAGCUGAAAAUACAGAUUUGAACAGCAUUGUUGGAUUAGAAGUCAUUCAUGAGCCAUUAAUCGCUGUCAGCAUUGUAGUUACUAAAAAAUAUUAUAUUGAAAAAUUUCUAAUCUUUACAGUAGUAGCAGACAGUUUUUUGCAUGCAUUAGGAUAAAGAUUGUCAUAACCAAUAUAUAUUUUUCAAUAUAUGAUCUUGAUCAAAUUUGUGACCUGUUCAUGUAUCAAAAUGCUGAAAAAUAUUAAACAAUGUUUCGUGCAAGC